AUGUGUUCGACCAGCUCCCCCGUCCGUGUUGCGCUAGAGGAGACUCGGGGGAGAACUGGUUCGUAUCUUUGCCUGAGCCACCGAUGGUGUCGAAGCGAAACGGAAAGGACUAGGACGACGCUAUCCAACUACCAAGAGCGCCAAGCAGGAUCGGGAUUUGAGAAUCUUGAUCCCCUCUUCCUCGACGUGUUCCUUGUGGCUGCCAGGAUCAGCGUUGAAUAUGUUUGGAUAGAUAGCCUUUGCAUUAUCCAAGACAGCCCUGAAGAUUCGAAGACUGAAUCUGCCCAAAUGUCAGAUUACUACCAGAAUGCAGUCUUAACCAUUAUGGCGGCAAUUCCGCCCGAAAAGAGAGCCCUGGGCCUGUUUCAUUUCCCUGAGUACCAUCUAUACAAGCUUUAUCGACUGCCUUACCGGAAUACAACAGGCACACGGGACGGUUACUUCUAUCUAUCCCGUCAGUUUGACCAGCUUGCUGAACAAGGGAAGGAUGUCGAGAAAAAUGAAUUGCUUUCUCGGGGCUGGGUAUUCCAGGAGCGGAUGUUCAGCCGCCGAAUUGCUUGGUACACAGAGCAAGGCAUCAUUCUACAAUGCAAAUGCCAAGAAGCAGAGCGCUGGAGUGCCUCUUCAGUGGACUUAGAUCCGAGUCCUGGUAUCGAGCGUCUUCUUUGCUGUCUAUACCAAACAUCGUUCAAAUUUAAGGGUCUUCCGGGAUACGGAUUUGAAACCCUCAGUGGCCCAUUUAGCUGGCAUGCGAUUGCAUCCAAAUAUUCCGCACUGAAAUUAUCCAAGCCGUGGAAAGAUCGCCUCAUUGCCUUGAAAGGCGUUGCCCAGGAGUAUGCAGCCCAGGAAGGAAAAAGUAGUCUAGUAUGUGGCCUUCGACCAUGGUGUCUCGAUCUAGACUUACUUUGGGAACAAAAGGAACCGGGCAUACACUCUCGACUUGACGGGUUCCCGACGUGGUCAUGGGCGUCUAUUGACACGUCAGUGGUAUGGGCCAACGUCCAUAAUGUCAUCGCGUUGAUGGAGCUCAGGACAAUCACUUCCACGGCUGGAAACCAUUCUCAGGACCCCGGAACAGGGACAGGGUCAGGGACGACGACCGAUAGAGAGGAGAGGAAUGGCUCCUUCUAUGAGGGUCUGGUCACCCUCCCUCGGCAUAAAAGCGUAACAACCGGCCAAGUAGUCGCAGCCUCGCAGGCUCCAGAGGCCAGCCUAAAUGCCCUGCACAUUUUCGGCCGCCUUCUGCCCGUCAUUUUCGGUCCUGUUCUUAACCGACCUUCUGAUGUUCAAUUUCGCUUAGCCAGUCAUUAUGCAUGUCGAAAGAAUCAAUGGCCAUCCCGCGAAGUCCCACGACGGCUGGUCUCCCUGACGACCGAGCAAGGCGCCAUUGCCGGCUGGAGCUCUCUUGAGGAGCCUGAUCUUCAGGAUGACCAGGCGUUUGUGCCAAACCCCAUUAUUUUUGCACUAUUUGUAUCCGUAUCUUCUGUUUAUCGCUAUGGGACAACUCGUUUUAAGGCUCUCUACGGGAAAGAAGAUAUUUUCAAUGUGCUAUUUAUACGGCCAAGUGGCAUACUGACGAACGGGUUUGUGAGGCUUGGGACGGGUCGACUCUUCGGGUCAAAGGUGCAGGACGCAAUUCGCUUAAGCCGCAAUAGGGAUAUUGUAUUGCUCUGA